UUAGAACUCUAUCAUAUGGCUUCACCUAAUGGUUUUUUAAACCCCUUAACCUGUUUUGUGGCUGCUGGUGCUGUUACUUUGGGAAUUGGUUUCUUUGCUUUGGCAUCAGCUUUGUGGUUCCUGAUUUGCAAACGAAGAGAAAUAUUUCAAACUUCCAAAUUUAAAGCAACUGAUGAGAAAUGCAGGCAAAGAUCAUCAAAGGCAAAGAUUAAACCUCAUUCUCAGUGUGUUUUUAUUUCUCGAAACUUUCAUACUGGAGGAUGCCAAUUACAGGAGGAGCAAAGAAAAAAGGAAACAACAUGUACAAAAGCAAAUGAAGAUCACUCUAAAGAUGGAUUCUGCCUUGCAACAAAAAGGGUCAUUUGCGACCCUUCAGAGACUAGCUUGACAACACAUCCCAGUAGUGUUACCUUAAGUUUAUCAACACUACCAUCUGAUUCUUAUUAUAGCCGAAGUAUAGAAGCAGACGAUGACUGGCUUUCUGGUGAUACUCUAGCAAAAAAGAGCUCUCCAAUACCUUUCCUCAAGGAGCCUCUAAUGGAAAAAGUAUUUUCAUAUCUGUCAACAGUUUCAUUAGAAGAAUGUACUGAAAACAAACUGAAUCUGUCACUUUAUGAUGAUCAGAAAGAUGACAGCAUUAAGGAAAUGUUUUCACGAAGAAAUGCAGAGGUUGAAAUACAAAAAUUUCAACAUAAUAUUGAAUGACUUUUUUCUUUUGAAACUUUGUAUACACUGAAAUCAUGGAAAGUUAAAACCAAAUUACCAGCUUCGGAGUCUCUUAAAAUGUCCAUACUAAUAUUA